CGGUUUUGUCGAAAUUUGUAGGAACCAGCUGCAUAAUGCGAAAAUUUUAAUUUUAUUGUGUGAUAAAUUAAAUUAUACGCAGCAAUACCUAUCAUAUUAAUGUGUUUCACUUAUAUUGUAAAAAUAUUAGGACAAAGAAAUUUUUAUAUAAUUCCGGAUCAUUUUCCAUGCUGGAUAAGAGAUGUCCAAGGAUGGAAACAAUACUGCCCGAUGCAGCCAUGGCGUUGAUGAGACUAAUACUAUUCAAAUAUCAGACCAUACCGGAUCAGAGGCAGUUUUUUGUAAUGAGAUAUGUACCAACGCUAUAGAUUUAAGUGUGGAAGCUAGAACUUCAAACAUCAGCGCUCCUAAACCACCUGACACUGCAUCUGUUUACUCUUAUUAUAAUGAUAAAGCUCUUAUUAAGCCACUGGCGUCUGCGCCAUUCAUUAUUAUAAGCAGACCUCCAUCCGUAAUAGCAAGACCAUCAAGCAUUAGUCAUCAAAUUAGAAUUCCCUCUGACUUGCCAUCAGCAACAUCGUUCACUCGCACUGGCCAGCCACAAUCGUUAUUUCUACAAGCUCUUUCGAAACUCAAUGAAACUUCUCUAAGCAAAGAAUUGGCGAAGCAAUUAAAUAUUCAACAAAUAACGGAUAACACGGGUAGGACAAUAAAUAUCAUUGGAAAAAAGGAACUGUCUACUCCUGAUUCUCUAACCAGCGCUCCACCAUCCUAUUCGUUUGUUUUGAGACAAAUGGCUUUAAGAAGAAGGCCUAGAAUCAUCGGAACUUUUGUACCUUCUCCAUCGUUCGUGCAACACACACCACCACCGAACUAUGCAGCCGCUUUCGAUAUAUACGUUGAUACUCCGAUCCCACCGGCACCGAGAGCUUACAACUUUGGUUUUGUCUCUAUGCCAGUCAUCUGCCCGGAAUGCGGAUACGCUGGCAUGACGAUGGUAAUCAGUAAGAUCACCAUAUGCACCCAUCUUUGUGCAGUCAUCCUGUGCUUACUCUGCUGCUGGGUUUGUGCACCAUUACCUUACAUUCUCAGAUCAUGUAAAGAUGUUUAUCAUUACUGCAGGAAUUGUAGGAAUUUUUUGGGUAUCUAUCGUCCAACUAAUCCUGAAAAUGGGUUUUCGUGAUAUUCCUUAUGCUAUGUUUUCGUUCGUAAAAUCGUGAAACAUUCGAAAACCAUUUGACAAAAAGGCAAUACUAAUAAUAAGUAAACCUACGAUUUAAAAACUUGGUUUGCCUUCGUACUCUUUAUGAAUUGAUCCUUUAAGUGUCGCCACACACGGGCCACCGACCACAACCA